UAUAACCUCAACAUGUCAACAACGCAACCACACAGCUGUGAAACAAACAAUUGUAAUGGAUCCAGAUAUUAUGGAUGGUCUCUGAAUUGCCGGUUUUGUGGUAAAAAAAUAUUUGUUGAGUGUCUACGCCAGCUUGAUGAAUUGAGAACGAAGGAGUUAUUGCAUGCGUUUGAACUGAUGUCUAAAACUGUAAGAAGUGAUGGUACUUUCGAAUGGAAGAUAUUAUCGGACAAACCCAGCAAAUAUUCCGAAUUUCUUCAAAUGUUCAGCGCUGAUUCAAUAUUCGGAAUAACAUGUCAUUGCUGUGCAACUAAGUUCAACAAGAUAACCACUGAAGUGGAGCACAGAGAAGUAUCCAUUCAGCGAUUGAGUGAAGAAAUCGUUAAAUCUGUCAACAAAUCGAUACAAAACAAAUUGAAUAAUGGUUUAAUUGAUUUAGGUGCAUCAUCUUCAGCUAGUCAUAGUGACAACAAAAACACCAAUCCGAAAAAAACACCGGGGCCACAAAAAAUCACACCGAUAAAUGGUAUUUAUUCAAUUCAUGUUUCUCGUUUGCCGAAAGAUGCUACCUCCGAUGAUGUAACUGCCAUUAUCAUUGCCAACUCUGAAAUUCACACUGAUGCCUUUUCUGUUGAGAAAAUUCCAAACAAACGGUUCAAAGUGAAAAAGCAAUCUGAUGGUACAGCUCAGAAGAAAAAUAAACAAAACGCCGAAAAAAAACGAACAACACAACAUAAUUCUGAUAACAACAACAAUCGGCAAACCAAAGGCAAACCAAAUGCACAUUUUCAACGAGAGCAAAAUGACAAUCAGCGAAAGACACGAUAUUCCACCAGAAAUCAUCGUUUUGAAAAUUUCUCUCGUCCAUACAAUCACAAUCGGAGAUUUCAAAAUCAAAAUGUGUAUAGCCAACGGCUAAGUCAGUGGCAGCAACCUGCUCCUUUUCUGCAGCAACCAUUUUUCCAUCCGCCGUAUGUGAUACCAGGUUUGCAACAAAUGCAUCAUCAUCCAUCACAAAUUCCAAUGCAAAUGCCACAACAUCUACCACCACAAAUGCUAAUGUAUGCACAACCUCAGCCAUUUUAUCACAGUUAA